AUGUCUGCGACAACCGAAAACGCCGCAUCGCCCGUGGAGGCGCCCGUGGAGGCGCCCGUGGAUGCGUCCGCUGGCGCCGCCACCGGUACCGCCGCCGCAGCGCCCGUGGAGUCGGGCAGCGCGGCCCCCCGCAGCAAGGUGGAUCCCGAAACCACGAUCUUCAUCGGAAACGUGGCGCGCGACUGCCAGGAAGAGGACCUGAAGAAGGUGUUCGAGGAGGACGUGGAGGUGGAGAUCCCCUCGGUGAAGAGCGGGCGCCUGUUCAAGCAGCGCUACGCGUUCGUGAAGUUCCCACACAAGAUUGACUUCGACGCGGUCAAGGCCAAGUACGACAAGACCGUAAUCAAGGAGCGCGGGAUCUACAUCCGCCGCGCGCAGACUGAGGAGGAGCGCGACGCCAAGCGCAAGGCUCGCGCCGAGAGGCCCAGGAAGGCCGCCGCCGCCACUACGGGCGGCUCGGCAGAGGCUGAAACGCCCGCCAGCGCAGGUGAGGCCGCGACCGACGCUGCAGACGCAGCGUCAGGCGUGUCCGGCGCGGGCAAGAAGCCCGCGCGCUCUGCGGUGCCCGCGCCCCCCAAGCGCCAGGAGAGGCCCCGCGUGCCGCUAGAGACCAUGGAGCGCUCCACCGACACGCUCUACGUCAACAACGUGCCAUAUUUUGCGACCAAGGAGGAGCUGGCAGAGUUCUUCGGCACCACGCCCGAGCUCGUCGUGCUGCCUCUCCGGAGGAUGCGCAACGUCAAGACCAAGCAAUUCUUUUAUUCCAAGCGUAUGAACAGGGGCAUCGCCUUCGUUACCUUUGAGAACUGUGCGGACAUCGCGCAGAAGGUCCAGGAGUUCCAGGGUAAGUCGCUCAACGACCGCGAGCUGGCCGUCGAUGUGGCCGCACUAAAGCCCCCACGCGAGGACCAGAAGCCGCAGGACGCCGAGCAGCCCGCACAGGCCACGGAGCCAGAGCAGUCGACACAGUCGACACAGUCCGCGGAGCCCGCGAAGCCCGCGGAGCCUGUCGCCGCCUCGCAGCAGGACUCCCCCGCGGCCUAG